AUUUGGACUUUCUGACUGAUAGGUUGCUUACUCGGUUGGUGAAAGAAAGAUUAUGGAGAGACUGUUUGUUCCUUUAUGAAUGUAGUUUAGGAAUUUGGUUGUAGAAGUUCCCAACUCUGCUUACCUUCCUGUCUUUCCUUUCUACUUCGGGGCUUUGAUGAUAUCGUGUCUGUAUGAAUGCUUUCUUUUCUUUAGUGGUUUUCUGGACUUGGAGUGUUCAGAUAUUCUUAGAUUUGCUCCUAUUAUGCAACUGCUAUGCAAUUCGACAUGUGGAAAUGAUCCCUUUUUUAAUGGGUUCUCUCGGAAGGAACCAAGAGAACAUGUGGAAAUUAAGAGAUGAAUAUCUGCACCCAUAGUCACCAUCGUCCUUGUUUCCAGUGAUUAUAUUGGAGGAAGGAGUCUGAUGUUGUAUAUCGUCAAUUUUCUAUUUGGAUCGUGUAAUACUCAGCUCUAUUUUCGGCUGUGUCUUAAUUGUUGUCUUUACAAGGAUUCUCCAAGUUAACCCGCUCGCCUAGAUCAUGCGAUGAUUCAGGUAUUGUGGUGAACAGGGAUCCAGGAUGAGCAAUCUUCAAGGGACAAGUUUAGAUGCAGCAACAUUUCGACUUCUGCUCCAAGGGAGGAUUGCAUCUACGCUCCACACUUCCCAGAGGGCUCAAAAUACUUGGAGAAGGUCGACGGUGUCUACCGUGGUGGGUUGGUCGCCCGGCUGUUUGAGCAGUUCCCUAUCGAGAAGCUUCGCACGGCCUGGUCACCGAGGCUGAAGCCCGACUCCAGAAUCCUCUGUCUGGAAUGGUUGGCAAGAUCAUAGCUCGCCGAUGCCCAGCAGAAGCAACAGCUCCCCUGUCUGGGGGGGGUGUCUGGACUUUCCGGGAUGGAUUUCAGAACCCUUUCCGGUAAUAGUUGGUUAGGCCAGACGUUUAAUUUGGUUUUCGGACUUGAUUUUCAGCUCAAAUUCUCUUUGUUUCUAUGGUUAAGGUAUCCUAAUCCGACUACUUGGUUACUAGAUUGAAUGGGCAGCUUUACUAGUUUGAAUGAUUAUCUAAAUCAAAAUUUGGUUUGUUGAUGGUGUUAGUAGUUGGGGUGAUAGUCGGGUCGAUUAGUGGUUAUCUGUCGAUGUGAUUAGUAGUUAAUUGUCUAUCUGCGUGAUGCGUGAGAGAGAACGGUGGUAGGUUUUGUGGAUUUAGCAAAAGGUAAGGAGCAUAACUGUUCUUUUAGAAAAUGUAUAAGGAGUGAUGGGUAGUAUAAAUCCCAUGGUUCAAAAAAUCGCUCCUAGGCACUCGUCUAACCUCGCCUACGCACAAGUCAGAAGGAAAAUGUCUUGCCUUGGUAAAAAGUAGUGGAGAAGGCAUCAAGAUCAUGUUGCGGCCUCAGUGGCGCCUAGUCAACAUUGAGUUGUGUCUCAAAAUUAUGCCACGAUGUCUUUUUUCUACCUUUUGAUACACUACUAGUAAGGACGGUCUUGAUUUCUCUAUAGUUAGGCUAAGAUAUAGCUAGAGACGACCAUCUAUAGAGUAGCUUCUUCUUUCUUUUUUGUGCUUCUUCGCUCUCAAUCUCUUUCUCUAUUUUUAAGCUUCUUCUUCCUUAUUUCUCCACACUAUGUUUUAUGUUUCACCAUGUGUUGUUGAUGAAGGUUUAGAAAUUAAAGGUAAAUGCGAUGAUAUUUGUUAAAAAACUUGUGAUUCUGUACAAAUGUGAGAUAUUUUGUUACAUUCACAUCUAACGCUUAGGAAUGUCUAGGCGACGCCUAAGCAUGUUAGGCGCAAGACAGAGCCUCAACGCUCGCCUUACACCUGCGCUUUCUUGAACCUUAAUAAAUCCUAGCCACACUUUCCUUCUCUUCAUUCUUGUUUCUCGCCUCUUUCUUUUUCUCUCUGUAUAUUAAAAAGGAAAUUCACUUUCUCUGUGAAUCAUAAACAUAAGAAAAUUCACCUUAUUCUCCUUCACGCUCGAACAAUCGACCCUAGUUGCCAGCUCUUCUCCACUCUUCUUUGUCCAAAUAAAAUAGAAGAGGAGGGCUUACAAUGGCGGCAAAUUGAGGCCAACCAUCGUCACUUCUCUAUCUCGAUCAUCCUCAUGUCGAUCUAAUAUGGAAGCAAUAAGAGAGGGUCGUUAGCAUGACGAUCAAUGAUCCGUCGUUUGCUGCAUAACCUCUUCGCUCAUCUUGUUCUUUGUUUGAGCUAAGAAGAUGAGUAGAUUGGAGUCAGUGAGUGCUAGCUAAGUGAUCAAGAGGAAGUUGUUUCCUUUGUUGAAUUUAGUAUUUUAUCUAUUUUGAGCGGAUAACAAUCUUUAUCGGUUAUUAAUCAAUUAAUCGUUAAUCGAGUAUUAAUUCUUUAUGAUUUGGUAAACCCUCUGUUUUCAGAACUGGACUGAGGCUGAACUGGAAAAGUUAUUGGUUUAGCGUUCAGUAGUUAACCGUGACAAAACCGUUGGUAAAUCGUUGGUAGAACCGUUCAUGAUAUAUAACAUACAAGACUUGUAUAUUGCACUAACUUAAGAAUGAAGUUAUCAUUGAACAUAACAAUUUCAAAUUCAUACCAUCAUCAAAAUAUGUAAUAAAUCAUUCAAACACUCUCACAAAAGAAAUCAUAAUUUUUUUAACUAGCAUAUAACUCGGCCCGUUGGCCGGAAUGUUCAUAUUUGAUUACUUGUAUUUUUAUGUUACAUUUAAGUCUAUCAACCCAUUUAAUUUUAUUGACAAUUCUUCGAUCUAGAUGAUAUAUAAAGAAAGAAUAUAUAGGUCGAACUUUUGGAGAAAUAAGAAUAUAAAAUAUAAAAAUGAUUGAUCUCAUUUUUAUAAUGAUAAUUAAGCCCCAAUUAAAAUGCUAUUGGUUAGUUGAUUGUCAAGAAAGAUAGAGUACAAAAGCUCAUUGGAAUUCCCACACGUCAUAGAUAGUUUGAAAAUUGAAACACGAUUUUAAACCUCACAAUCCUACAUAAAGGGUUCAAUGCUCUCCUUAGGAACAAUAUGUCACUAAUCAAAAAGAAAUGGAGAGUUGUUGAUUCAAGUCAACUAUAUACUAACAACCCAAUUAAGAGGGGACCAAUAAAACUUGAGAGCAAACGACAAAAUUAGGGUUACCUCCAAUAUGCUAAUAAACUCGAUCGACGUAAUAAGACACAAAAUUAGACACUCCGUAUCUAUCAGUUCCAGUAGGUUGAAUAAAGAAUCGACCUAGCUGCAAAAACCAUAAACCUAAAGGUCCAAUAGUCACCACUCUCUGUUGUAGAACCAAAUUUUUAUCUCAAGAGACAUAUGUUUCAAUAAAAAAUUCAAUCUCUAAUCCUCCUUCUACAACUCCAUUUAUUGAACUCCAUUCUAUUUGUCAUGGAUUGAUAUCGGAGUUGAAAUCUUCUACUUGCCUAGCUUAAAUCCCCAAUAAUAAAAUCGUAGUGCCAAGAGAUACCAAAAGAUUGAUUUCAAAGGCGGCCUUGUAUUGAAAAGUGAAAGGGGCGUAAACUAUUGCACGAUAGAGGAAAUUUUGGAGGAAGUUAAAAGAGAUAAGAACAAAGAUAAAAAAAAGAAAAUUUCAAGGAUACAACACGCAGUAACAUAAUUAGUUUCUUCUAUGGUAGCCAAUUACCAAUCUACCUUUAGCAAAAAAAUUAAGGCGAGAGCAAAAAAUUUAAAAUUGAGAAAAUUACAUGAAACUCUAGCUACUAUGAAAACUAAAGUAUCAAGCACCAUAAAAAUAUAUACGGUAGACUUAGUGGGCUUGGUAAUCAUGAUGGGAAAUUCAUCCAAUUUUCAGAGUCUAACUUUGUGUAUGCCUUGUACUAAAAAAAAUACAACAAAUUUGUUUAGUGUAAUUGGUUGUAAUUGUUGUCUUUCUUUUAAGAGACCCGGGUUCGAAUCCUCAUAUUGAUAUUUUUAUAUGAGAUAAAUAUUUAAUGGUAAAGACAAAAAUGUCCUUCCUACUUUCACUCUCGUUGCAGGAAAUUUGGAAUGGAGAAAAAUUCACAAAACUCUACCAUAUAUUAUUGGAUGAUUCAAAUUAAAAAUUACGAUGUCAGUCGGUAGUGGACAACGUAAAGUCGACAUCAAUAUUGGAAAAUGAGAAGAGUAAGCAAAUAUAAAAUUAAUAAUUAUGGUUUGAUGGUCUUAGUUUACGUUAAAGUAUUUUUUUUUUAAAAUAUGUGGUUAAAAUAGUGAACCAGUGGACCAGUUAAACCGUGGUGGCAUCUGGUUUUAUGUUGAACCGUGAAAUAUCGUUUGCUCCAUCAAUAAUCGUCCAAACAAUGAACCAGACCACUAUCAUAACUAUUUUGACGAUUCUACUGGUCCAGUUGUUGAUCCGAUUCUGUUUUUAUAACCAUGGCUAAACCAGCAUAACCAGAAGUUGGUGACUUGGUGGCUGGUGCCAUGUUAAUUUGGGGAACAUACGGGCUUAUAGAUUUUUUGGUAGUCUGCGCUUAUAUCCAACAGUCGAGCCCACAGAUCACAAAGCCCAAAAAAGAUUAGAUAGGCGAAGCUUCAAAAAAUCGUUUAUCGUUCUUCUUGUUCAAAAUUUGUAUAGGCUCGAAAAAAGGUGGUAAAAUUUUAAUAAACCCCGCAAAAAUUGAGUUCAAAUCCAUUCCCAAUUUCCCUGCACAUUUUCUAUGAAACCCUAAGGUUGGCUCCAACCCAAGGAGCUAAAAUGCUAUUGGCUUUUUUUCCUCCUCCAACCCAAAAAAAAUUGGAAGCAAAAUAUGGGUAUUUGGUUUUUGGGAGUUAAAUUUGGCUGGGUUUUGGGAUGGGAAGUGAAAAUUGGCUGCCAAAAAGUGCAUACAACGUCUGCUGGCGGGGGAGGGCGCAUGACGCGCGCCUGGGCCCUCCCCCGCCAGCCGACUGUUUUUUUUUUUCUUUUAACUUUUGUUUUUGUUGGUUGGGAAUUUAAUUGAUGUAGUGACGAAAAAACGGUCAUAUUUUAACGGCCAUAAAAAACGGUCAUAACGGCCAUAAAAAACGGUCAUAUUUUAACGGCCAUAUUUUUUCUUAUAUAUUACAGCACUCUUCAUAGAUUUCUCUUCACUCAUUCUCAGAGCAUAAAUCGCAUUCUCUCAAAAUUCAAUUGUUAUCGUCUCUCAAAAUAGAAAUAUGACAGGCAAGAGAGGACCUAAUUGGCGUCCGAAGUUUUAACGGUAAUAUUUUAACGACUAAUUUUUAAAAAAAAAAAUUAUCUCGGAAUUAAAAAAAAAUUACAUCGAAAAAUUUGUAUUCAAAACUAAUAACGAGUUAUGAAAAAAUUAAAGUGAAAUAUAAAAAUUAGAGGUCAAAUAAGUAUGGUUUAUUGAAAUAAAUUGAAAAAUGGAAAUGGGAAGCUAAAUUUAGCUUUUUAUAGGGUUGGAGUGAAAAGUGGGUUUGGGGAGCUAAAAAGCCAUAUUUGACCAUUUGGGGAGCUAAAUUCCCCUUUCAGGGUUGGAGUUAGUCUAAAUCAGAGAAAAUGUCCAUAGCUUUCUAAUCCAGUAGCCCCCGACAGCUUAGUUCAGCUUCAGUCUCCAGCGAUUGCGGCCGCCGGAGUGAGCAGUUCGGAUUUGCAGCAGCGAGCAUUCUGUACCCAGCAGAAAAGGCUAUGAGGAACAGGGGCAGCUGCGAGUUAAGGAAAGCUGCAAAGAGGCGCCGGAAAAAUGAUGAAGAAGAGGGAAAUACAACUAGUGCUGCUACUGACAGGUUAAGCCAUCUUCCACAACCCAUUCUUUCUCACAUCCUUUCGUUCCUCGACACCAAAUCUGCUGUUCAAACCGCUGUAUUGUCCCGAGUUUGGAGGUCCACUUGGAAACAUGUUCCUGUACUCCAUUUUCGUAGAGAUUCCUUCGCACAUGUUUUGACUUUCAAAAGGUUUGUGCGUCUGGUAUUGUCCUCCCGCUGUCAAAAUAGUGUCCGUAGGGUUAGCUAUGCCCUCAAUGCAGAGCCGCUGGAUGCUAUAGAUAAGAUCACGUUUGGGAGGGUGAUCAAAUAUGCAUUAUCCCAUGACACUCAACAGCUAGUGCUCGACGCGGGAAAUGACCGUUUUUACGAAUUUCCCCGUUUGUUUGGCUCAAUCUCGAAUUGCAAUCUGAAAAGCCUAGAAUUGAGAGAUAUCAUCCUCUGUGGCAGAGUCAGAUCUUCCGUUUUUCCGAUGCUGACAACAUUGAAUAUGUUCCGUUGCCAUCUGGAUACUCUUGAUCACUACGAGCCGGAUAUCGAUCUUAUCUCAAACUUCCCGUGCCUGAUGAAUUUGGUUAUGAGUAAAAUGCGUUGUAUUGGUCCACAGCCAGUUAUCAAGGUACACGGACCCCAAUUGCUUAGCCUGGAGUUGGAUGGGAUGGAAUGUUUCGAGAUUGAAAUAUUUGCGCCGAAACUCAAAAGCUUUCAGUUUAUCACACCCCUAUAUCAUGCAGACAUUACUGAUCCCACGGGUUGGUGGACCGAUCGGGAGUACCACAGAGGAGAGGUGCAGCAAUAUUUCCACUCUUUCUUCCAAGGUUUGCAUGAUGCAAAGUCUUUGAAGCUAGAUACUUAUGAAAUUCAGGUAAUACUUUGAUCUUAUGCUUGCAUUAUGUGACUGGUCCCUUUGCGCAGUCAUUGCCAUACGUUUUAAGUUCAUCUAUGUUUCUCUGUAGGGACCAAGGAAGAUUUCUGGUUUUCUGGAAGAUCAGCCAUCUCCAUUCGGGAUAUUGGAGUCCGUGAUUGUGGACACAGACGGGUUACGGUUCAAAGUUGUCAAGUACUCGGUUAAAGAAUCAUUUUGUGAAGAACCAAAAAAUUUAAUUCUUCCUUUUAUGUAACUUUAAGUAGAAUAGCUUCUUAAGCUGUCAGUGCGAGUCAAACAGAGCAAAGUUCUUUGCGAAAUGGUUUCUUGUUUAGUUAGCUGCUGGAAUCCUGCAAAUGCUCUUGAAUGUUUACAGCAGUAGAACAUUGAUGGUGGCUGCUUUUGUUUUGAGUAUGAAGGUUUAGGUUAUUUAAACAUGAUGAGGUUAGGAUUCUGGUAAUGCUGAACCUAGAUGUUAUUCACAGAGCUGGGCGACUUGCUCUUUGACAUGCUUAAUUAUCUUCUUUUGGAGUAACUGUCAAAAAGAUUGUUAAAAAAAUCGUGGACGGCAGGAUUCGAACCUGCGCGGGCAAAGCCCACAUGAUUUCUAGUCAUGCCCGAUAACCACUCCGGCACGUCCACUAAUUGAUGUAAAAAAUCUCUAUUCAAAUUAACUAACGACGCAAAAUAAUAAAAUAGACUCAACCAUUUUGUUGGGGCCUAUCCGAAUUGCACAGUGAAGAUUAUAGAAUUGAGCUGCAUGGUCUCAGUAGCCAGUUUGGAUCUCUUGGUUCCGAAGCUACCAACGUUUUAUUUGGAGCAUGCCAGGGGUAGGAUAUGGUGACUACUCUUAAAAGGGUUUGAUUUUUUAUACCCACUUUUUUAUUGGUCCAUUUUCCUCAAUCAUUUGGUAAGUACUAAUGAAAAUUGUAGAAUUUAACAUUCACAUUAAAUACACAUUGGGAAUUAAAUAUCCCAUAUUAAUUAUUUGCUUUUUUUAAAUUUAAACCUAUUCUAAACACAAUUCUCUCUCUAAAAAAAGUAAAUAAUCCCUCUUCUCUCCUCCCUCUCAUCAUGCUUCCGCCGUUAUGAUUUUUUGAUUUAUGAUUUUUCAUAUCUGACUUUUCGAUUUUUCAGUUAUGAUGUUUGUACCACUGCACUGAUAUUUGUACAACUGCACUUAAACUCAUAUAUGAUAUUUUGUACCAGUGCACUAGUAGCGUUACCAAUGCACUGGUAGAGAUACCACUAUACUGGGAGCGAUAUCAGUGCACUAGUACAAAUAUCAUAUCUGAGUUUAAAUGUAGUAGUAGAAAUAUCAGUGCAGUGGUACAACGUAUCACUGCACUGGUACAUUUUUUUAAUGUAUUGGUACAUUUUUUAGGGUGGCCGGAGGAAGUCUGCCGGCGGGAUUUCACCGGAGAAGUGUGGUGCUCGGAGGCUGCUCAAAAAAGGAAGAAUGAGAGAUAGAGAGAGAGAAUUGUAUGUAAUGUAGGUUUAAAUUAAAAAAAAAGUAAUUAAUAUGGUGCUUUUAAUUCCCUAUGUGUAUUUAAUAUGAGUAUUAAAAUAUAUAGAUUACAUUUAAUAUCAAGGGGGUGUCAUUUUUCCAACCCCUUUAUGGGGUUAGCAAGCUAACUUAUCCCGCAUGCCAGCUAUUUAUUGACCACGGAGAGGAUUUUGACCUUUUCUCAAUCUUUUCAUCUGUGAUUGCUGUUAGAAGUUUGUGUGCUGGAUUGUAAUUAGCCUUUUAUAGCUUUGAUUAAUUACCGUCCACUGCUGGCUUAGGGUUUGUAGGCGGCCAUUAUAUAUACUAGCUUUCUUUGCCCGCGCUUUGCGCCGGGAUUUGAACAAACCAUUGAAACAGAAAUGGAUAAUUUCGAAAUUUAAUAUGGCGAAUGUGUGCUUAGCUUAUACACAUGAUAAAUAUAUGUAGUGCAUGGUUUACUGCAUCGACUGUUUUUUUUUUUCAUCUGAAGAAGCCACAGAGAUGUAAUUCCAUUGUUUUUAUUUAUAAAGCCCCCAGGAUAAGUGAAUUCCAUCAGCAAAAAGUGAAGUUCGGUUGUGCUGCAAAAUUUAGAUGCAUAGCUACUUAGAAAAUGUACAACCUGAUCACCCGUGGGAUAGCAUAUAAGCACAAAAUUAGUAGAGGGAUGAAUCCAUGUACAAUUGUUCACAACAAAUAAUUCCAAGCCUUCUCAUUGAAGAGCUUCUGAUACAAAUACAAAUCAAGGAGACCACCUUUUAAAAGCAAACACUAUGUUCAAACACCUGUAUAUAAGAUACCACAAAAUGAGCACAGUUUCAAUUGCGGCUCCUGGAUUUUAUCAUAAAUUAACACAUGAGUCUAGUUACGAACUAAUUGAGAUCACUCUAAACUUUGCCAAUAUAUCAAAUCAAAGUUGUGCUCUAUACAUGUGAAAACUAAAUCUGCUGAACAUCCCCAGUAGCCACUAAUUAGCAAUUCUUUUGGGUGGCUCAUUGCAAAUCUAAAAGAAAAUAUGUUGGAACAUCCCCAGAGCUUUUUCAAAUCCAAAUAGAACUCCUACCUGACAUCAAGCUAUGACCCAACAUCUAAUUGCAUCAGGUUUGGACAGAAUAGAAAGGGAGACAAAUGGAGUAACCUGAAGAAAGUAAGAGAAUAUUGUGAAAACAAACUCAGCAGUCCAACAAUUACAUCUACCAAAAUGAACCUACCUAUUUUCAUUUUUCCAAACCCUUUGGAUCC